CGCGGAGGACGGGUGCGUCGGGAUAGGCCCCGGUUCGGAUCGGGGAGACGCUCGGGGAGAUGGAGGGUGACGAUGAGCCGCCGCCCUCGCCGCUGUUCGUAGAGGGAGGAGCGCCGGCGUUCACCUCGGAGCUGGUGCCGAGCGGGGUCGGGGUCGAUGAGGGAGGAGCGCACGGGAGCCCGAACGCGCCCGCGUUCCUGCAGAUGGGCGCGCCGCUGGGUGGCGCGGAGCCGACGCUGGUGCAGCCGACGCUGUUCUCGUACAACGCGAACGAUCUGGUGUGGGCCAGGGCGGGCACCAAGGGCAACCAGCCCUUCUGGCCGGGACGCAUGAUCGACGUGAUGGAGGCACCCGAGGGCGUCCGCAGGGAGGCGGUACCCAACAGCGUCUGCGUCCAGUUCUACGGCCCGUCAGCCUCCAAGGGCCGAGACAGGGAUUACUGCUGGGCCACCGCCGAGCAGCUCGCGCCCUUUGGCGAGAACCUGGCGCUCCUCGAGCAGCAGAACAUCCCCAAGCGCCUGAGGCCCACCGCGUACAGGGAGGCGCUCGUCGAGGCCAAGGAGCUUUACGCCGAGCUGGGGAACAACGUCAGCGCGGCGGUUGCGUUUGACCCGGAGGAGGCGGCGGCGGAGGCUGCCGGGGACGGGGACGACCUCGAGGACGCCGACGCGCCGCGGUGCUCGUCGUGCUCGAUGGCGCUGGAAGCACCGGGCGGGCACAAGGACACCGGGCGGUGCAGGCUGUGCGCCAAGCUGCACCGCGAGGGGCAGUAUUGUCCGGUGUGCGAUAGGGUGUGGCAGUGGGCGAAUUGCCCGGCGAUGGUCGGGUGCGACUCGUGCGACUUUUGGGUGCACUGCGCGUGCGACGAGCCCGCGAGGACGGUGAUGGAGGCGCAGGAAAGGGGCGACGAGGUGGACUACCACUGCCCGCGGUGCAGGGUCAAGGCUGACGAGGAAGAGGAUAAACGGAGGGAGAAGGAGGUGAAGAGCGCGGAGAAAGCUGCGGUUAAGCGCGCCAAGCUCGAAGCCAAGCACGCCACAAAAAAGGCGGGCAAGGCUGAGGCCAAGGCGCUCGGCGUGAGCCCGAGUGGAAAGGUGAAGAAGAAGAAGAAGAAAAACAAGAAGUUGGGGCGGCCGCCAAAGGAUGAGAAUGUCCCGGCCCGGGGUCGACCUCUCGGGACCGGCAAAUCAAAGGCUUCAAUCGCGGCGCGGAAGAUAAAGGAACAGAUGGGUCACGUGAAGCCGCCGAUGAGGCACCCCAAGGCCCCGGGCGGCAUCCCGCGUCGUCCAAAGUCCGCUUGGCAGCUAUUCGGGUCCGAUUUCUUCAAGCGGUACAAAGAGGAGCACGAGGGCGAGGAUAUUGAUUUCUCGAAUGUGUACAAGCUGCAGGGUCAGGCUUGGAGGGAUGUGUCCAAGGAGGAGCGCACGAGGUACGAGCAACUCGCCGCAAAGGAGACGGUCAAGUUCCGCAAGUACAAGCAGCAGCUGGAGCAGAGCGGCCUUGCCGUCGACGAAGUGCUUCCAACCAACCACAGGCCCAAGUCAAAGACUCCGGUCUCUUCUGCGGUGAAGCAGAAGGCUGUCAAGGCGGUCAAGGUGAGGCCGCAGGGAGCAGAGGCUGACAAGGACGAGUUGGAUGAAAACGGCAGGAUCGACAUGGGCGGCGGCGUUACGAAGGACCCAAAGACCGGAAAACUAUACAACUUUGAGGGGAAGCCGUUGGUGGGCAAGGAGGCCGAGGCUGCGGAGGCUGGCUGGCGGCCGAGGAUGGAUCGCCGCGCGUCGCACUGGAGCCAGCACUUCAAGGUUGACGACAUCAUGAGCCGACCCGAGCGGGUGGACGUGGUUUGCAACGGCGUCAGGGCCACUUUCUUGGUCAGAGAGUUCAAGAUGCUGUGCCAAUGCAGCCAGUGCAAGGGACAGGGUAAGCCGCUGUCAGCGACGGAGUGGGAGAAGCACGCCGGUAUGGGACAGGCAAAGAAAUGGAAGGCUUCAAUCCGGAUGGUGGACCCAGCGAGGAUGCCGAUCGGGCGCUGGCUCGACGGCGGCAAGCGCACAGGAAAGAGCGGGACGACGGACGACGCCGACGGUAAGGUCCGCAAAGGCAAGUCCGCGAAGAGCAAGUACCCGGCGCUUGGGGGCGCGAAGAAGAGGAGCUACCAGAUGGUUCGCGUGCAGUGGUCCGUGGACAGGUGCGCGGUGUGCGACGACGACCGAGACUUUGACUUCGACCAGCUCGUCACCUGCGACGGCUGCGGCAUCUCCGUCCACCAGAGCUGCUACGGCAUUCCCGAGAUCCCCGACGACGCCGUGGGGUUCCUCUGCAACGCGUGUGAGCACACCGGCGGCGACACUUCCGAGACUCCACUGUGCGUUUUGUGCCCCGUAGAGGGCGGAGCGCUGAAGCCAACCACGAAGCCCGGCGUGUGGUGUCACAGCGCGUGCUGCCAGUGGAUCCCCGAGACCACGGUCGUUGACGUGGACCGCAUGGAACCCAUCGAUCAGAUCCACACGAUCCAGCGCGAGCGGUGGGAGCUGCUGUGCACCGUGUGCAAGCAGCGCAUGGGCGCUAAGAUCCAGUGCGACCAUCCGGGGUGCUACCUCUCCUAUCACCCCCUGUGCGCGCGCGCGGCGGGUUUGUUCAUGGAGGCAAACCUCGACGACGACGGCGACGAGGAUUCCCCGCUGCAGAUGGUGAGCUACUGUCACCGCCACUGCAGGGUGGACACCGAGAGGGCGGCACUGUACAGCGGCGGCGAGGGCAAAUCCAUCGGCCGCGACGGGAAGCUCGUGGAGGCCAGGGAGGACCACACGAAGAAGCUCACGAAGGGGGUCAAGAGACGGAUAGAAGAGGAAAAGAGAAAGGCGGAGGAGGAGGAGGAGGAACGCAAGGCUCGCGAGGAUGAGUCCCUGGAUACCCCGGAGGAUGACCGCGGCGCGGCCAGGUGCAGGGAGUACGCCCCCCAGGGGCAUCCGAGGACCGAGGCUGGUGACGAGAUUAUCAUGGCGCUGGACAGCGGGCCGAACAUGCGCCGCGCCCUGCAGCACGGCCUCGGCCACGGCACGGGCAGGAAAAACAAAGGACCACGUCGCCGCGAGAGGGAGGCAUGGGUACAGUGCGAGUCGUGCAACAAGUGGCGCCGGGUGCCGCAGUCGCAGGCUGAGGAGUUCUCGAGGGCGGAUGCGGGCGAGUGGACCUGUUCCGUCAGCUCACACCCACGGAUAAACAGCUGCGACGUCCCACAGGAGCUCGAGGACGACGACAUCGACGCGAGGAUCGCGAUGGGCGACCAGUGCCCCUUCUACGACGACAAUGAUCUCAAUCCACCCGAGAUAAUCGCGGAGGAGGAAGAGCCGGCAGCUGAGGAUGAUGAGGAGGAGGAAGAGGAGGAGGAGGGCAACGAAGAGUCCUCCUCCGAGGCUGACGACGACGACGAAGAUGACGGCGUCAAGGAGCUGCAGGACGUGGAGAACGAUGACUGGGACGCCGAAGACAACGGAAAGUCAGCGGAUCCUGAGGAGCACCUCGCAAUUGCGGCGGCGGGCGGCUACGGGGGCGCCGACUCGCCGCCGACGAAGCGCGUCCGAUUCGAGGAUGCGCUCGCCGCGGUGGAAGAGGACGACGGCGACCUGCCCUCCGCCGUCUUCUCGGAUAAUCCAAUCGUGUCCGAGGUGAAGCUCGAGGCCGAGAGCCCGAGGUUCCCGGAGGCGAUGAUCGCCGCCGCGAUGAUGGUCCCGUCGCCCAUCGAGGAGUCCCCAGGCGUCAAGCGGGAGGCGCCCGCGAUGACGCCGGAACAGGCGCUGGCUGCAGCGAUGGCCGCGAGCGACGGGGAGAACGACGAGGACGCGGCCGACGGGCAGGACGACGAGGACGAGGAUGCGACCGACGCCAUGGACGUGGAUGAGAAGGAUGAGAACACCGACACGGAGGUCAAGGCUGAGGGGACAGAAGACGGGGAUGGAUCCAAGGAGCCCCCGGAUGAGCCCGCCCAGCCCCUCUCUGAUCUCCCCGACGUGCCGGUCAUCUGCAAGAGCUUCCGCGGCGUGUUUCGCCCGCGCGAUAACCUCAUCGAGUGCGAGUGCGGUCGAUGCGUUCGCGAGCGUGAGGAGCCGAAGGGUAAGACCGGGGAAAGGCUGGGCAUCUUCGAGCCGAAUAGGUGGGAGAUGCACGCGGGGAUGGCACACGCCAAAAAAUGGAAACAGUCCAUCGUCGUCAUCGACCCGAAGCUGCAGCCGGAGGCUGCGCCGGAGGGCGAGGCGGAACCCGAUCGCAUCGAGGUUCCCUUUGGUCAGUGGCUGGAUGAUAAUGGCCUUCACGUCGAAGUUAUUCAGAAGUCGCGGAAGCGCGGCCGCCCCAAGGAUGACGGCAAGCCCAAGGCGCCACCCAAGCCGAGGGUCCCGCACCAGAAGGCAAACCGCGGCAAGUCCGCCCUCGCGGGUCUCACCAUCGACCUGGACCUGGACCUGCAGAAGGCUUCCGACAACAUCGAGGAGAAGGCCAGAGCGCUCGUCGGCCGUCGCAUUCGCAUCAACUGCAACGCCGGUCCCAAGGGUGCGCAGCUCAUCCUCGGAGGCGCGCCGAACAAGCCCCCGGUGUGGAUAUCCGGCGUGGUUCAGGACAUGAAGUCCUCACGCGGCGGAUGCAGGCACCUCGUGCUCCACGACGACGGCACGCACGAGUGGUACGCGCUCAAUCGCGUGCAGACGGAGUGGCCGGGAGGGGAGGAGGGCGACGACGACGAGCCGGACCUGACGUUCAUGCCCGCGCCCGAGGUGCCGGCCAAGGCGAGCGUGCAGGGUUCCAGGCGCGGGCUCACCGGCCUGCAGUCCAUGCUGGCGCUGUCCAAGGCGGCCCCCGCCAAGAAAGGCACUCACCAGGCGCCGGUAGUCAAGGAGGAAGACGGUGAGGCUCCCGAGGUUAAGCCCGAGGAAGCCCCCGAGACCCCCGGUCGCGUGAGGGAGAAGGAGGCGUGGCUUCGCUGCGGGAACGUCGAGUGCUGCAAGUGGCGUCGCGUCCCGGAGUCCGUCGUGGCCGAACUGGAGCGGGAGAAGGCGACCGCCGCCGCAGCCGCGUUGGAGGCUAAGCAGGCGGCGGACCGCGGAGACGCCGGCGCCGCCGCGCGAGCCGCCGCGCGAGCCGCCCCGCCGGCGCCGUGGACGUGCCGUCGCUCCGGCGACCCGACGAGGAACACGUGUGAAGCCGAGCCCGAGUUUGGCGAGGAGGAAGUUUCCGUUCGCAUCGCCGCCGCCGAGCGCGGUGAGGCGCCCCUCAGCAUGUACGCCGACGGCACCGUGUGCGGCGACGGCGAAGAGGAGGAGGAGAAACCCGUCAUCGAUAACGGCCUGGAGGGUGUCCUUCCUGACGACCUCCCCGACGUGGUCACCGUCAUCUGCCGCCACAAGGUUGGCGACUAUCACCCGCGGACCGGUAUGAUCAGGUGCCUGUGCCCGACCUGCGUGAUCGCCACGGAGGAAGGGAGGCACGAAGAGUCCCUGCAGGAGCCCAACCGGUGGGAGAUCCACUGCGACAUGGGCCAGGCGAAGAAGUGGAAGGCGUCGGUGCGGGUGGUGCUUGAAGGGCACAAGACGAUGCCCGUGGGACGGUGGUUAGAGGGCUUCGGCAUCGCCGUCGCGGCCAGGCGCGCACCCAGGCAGGUUAGGCAGUUUGGCCCGAAGCGAUCCAAGCUGAAACAGAUGAAAGAGCGCGGGGAGCUCGAGGAGGAAGAGGAGACCUACCGUAGGCUGAAGCCGAUGAAGGGAUGGAAGAAGGGCGACGAGGUGCACCGGGGGCCGCCGCCCAGGAGCGGCAAGCGCGAAUUCGUCGAGUUGAUCCCCUACAAGGUCAACGGCGCCAAGCUCAGGAGCAAGGGAGGGAACAACUCGCACGGGUACGCCGCGCCGGGUGCGGGCGGCGUCGGUGGCGGCGUGAAGUCCGGCAAGGACCCGGCGAGGGCAGAAGGCGUGGGCCUCCCCGAGUCGACGGUGUUCACGCCGAGCGAGUGGGAGGCUGAGGUUGCGUCACGGCUGGCGGCUAAGACCACCGGCGCGGUCGCCGUCGCGGCCAUGGCCGAGGCUGCCAAGAUCGUGGACGAGGGCAAGGGCGUGCGCGAGCGCGUGGCCGAGUGCUUGCGCCUGCGACGCGAGCGCCUCACCUUCGGGAAGAGCAACAUCCACGGCUGGGGCCUCAUCGCGAAGCAGUUUUUGAAAGCCGGGUCCAUGGUUGUCGAGUACGUGGGCGAGCGCCUGCGUCCCAGCGUGGCGGACCUGCGGGAGAAGGUGUACGAACGCACGGGCCAUGACGUAUACCUCCUCGCCGCGGACGAUAAGACAGUCAUUGACACCACCGUCAAGGGCUCCAUCGCCAGGUUCACCAACCACAGCUGCACCCCGAACAUGUACACAAAGCUGGUCGCCUUGGACGGUGACUCUCGGAUAUUCUUCUUCACCCGCAUCGACGUGCACCCAGGGCAGGAGCUGACGUACAACUACAGAUUCGAUGCUGAGAGCGGCAAGGUGCCGUGCUACUGCGGGGCGAACAACUGCCGGGGAUUCCUGUGCUGAGAAUCCCCUCGAACAUAGACACGAAAAAGAUUUGAAAACAAUCAUCAAUCUGUCAAC